GGCAGAUGCUGAUUUUAAUUUCUAGCAGUAAAGUACAUAGAAAAAAUCCUCUCCUCCACAUUGUUGGACCAUAUCUUGUGUUUGAGCUCAAAGUUUUUGAAAAAUUCAACAGUGUUACAGAGAGAGAGUGAAAGAUGCUGGCAAUGUGGGUAUCUCUGAAAGAGAAUAUGGACUGUAGAAGUAAACUGAAUGUUGUGGUUAAAAAGCAACAAAAAUGCAGAAGGAAAAAGAGUUUCAGUGGAAGAGAGAACUUGCAUUAUACUCAGCCACAUGAAAUUGGACAUCCUGUAGCUGUACCUCAAGUGCUUUUCAAGUUGAACUAUCCAAGAACUCAGUUUUACAAUGUCAACAUCGAAGAUCCGUCAAGAAAAAUCAUUGAGACCAUCUUCCUGAAAGCAUUACUGGAUCCUUCAAAGCCAUUAAGGAGAAUUGAAAAGGUGUUCAAACUGAAACAUCCAGUGGAAAUGCUUGACAGGUUUGAGAAAUAUAGGGAGAAGGUGAAGAAGAAAGCUCUUGUGCAGUACACAGGCCAUCCAAGAAGCACUGUAGAUGGAAAUGAGCUGUUGCAAUUCUAUGGCACAGUGAUGACUUGCAGUGAAAGGUUACCACAAGUCUCUGAUCUUUGCAAAGAUCCUUUCUGCCGUGUCUGCAGAAUCAUUCAGUCAAAUUACAGUACAGAAUACCUGAAGAAGAACGGGAUUCGGUUAAGUUCAAGUAGUGAAGAAUUGUGUGACAUUAAUAUGAUUGCCUUGACAAAGUUGAAGAAUAUCAAAAGGGCUGCAAUUGUUUGCAGGGCAAUUGCUGGGAGAGUUGCUAACAAGGCUGACAGAAUAUAUGAAGAUUGUGAUUCAUUCAGAUGUAGAGGACUGCAUUCCAACACUGAAAAUUUAGUUGUUACAAAUCCCUGUGCUGUACUUCCCUGUUUUGUCAUAGUCUUUACCUGACAAUCUGUAUCUUAGUUUUUGCAGUGUUUUUAGGAACACUUUUUAGUUAUGU